AUGGGACCGCUCAAGCCGCAUUGGACACAGCCGUCCCACCCCCACUUCCUACAAGUCAUCGUCAGUGACAGUGAGGCCGAAUUCACCUCCAAGAGCGUGUCCACGGCCGCCGCGGCCCCCUUCAGCGUCGUCGCCAAGCUGUCCUUCCCCCCGUGCACCCUGGCCGACGAGCCGACCUACGCCACGGUCCAGGUCGACUGUAACAGGCACAUUAGCCUCAACAGCGAUCUGCUGUAUCUCAACCACUCCUGCGAGCCUUCUCUGAUCAUUGAUACCGCCAACAUGACCAUCCUGGCUGGCCCCCAGGGCCUGAAGCCCGGCGAUGAGCUGACUGUUUGUUUCUUCUACCCCUCUACGGAAUGGGACAUGGCGCAGCCGUUCGACUGCUUCUGCGGCUCGGCCGCCUGCCGCGGCAAGAUCGCCGGCGCCAAGGACAUGAAGCCCAAGCAGCUCGAGGGCCUGUGGCUCAACGGCCACAUCCGCGAGCUCAAGGACGAGCAGGCCCGCGAGGAGGCGGCCCCGGCGGCUCUGCCGGGCUACGUCGGCGCUUCUUCCCCGUCGACCGGGUCGCUCACGGCUGGGGCUGCGCGUCGCGGCCCCACUUCUCGCGAGCUGAGCGGCGAGAUGGGCGGCGACACGUUCGUGGCUUGA